UCAAGGUCUAAAGACACUAGUUUGAGUUAACCGUAGCACUAAAUGGUGAAGCAGGCUAAAUCUACGCAAGCAAAAUUUAAUUUGGAUUUUAUUCCGACAAUUUCAGAUUCAGAAUCUGAUGUGCCUGAUUUAGAUUCCGAAGACGAGAAAAAUCUGGACCAAGAUUCGACAGUAAAAGGUGCCGAGACAAUCGGUAGCACUAAAGCCAAAGAAUCAAAGAAAUCUAAGGCCAAAGCAAAAGCAAAAGCAAAGUCAAAGUCAAAGUCAAAGUCAGAAUUAAAAGCCGAAGAUGAUGAAAACAUUGAUGAUGAUGAAGAAAGUAAAAACGAUACUAAACUUUCCAAAGACCUUAAUCCUGAUUUUGUGUUCUCUGUCGAGGAUUUAGGAUCAACCACUACUUUUGAUGGGUGGGAUUUUGGAUUGGAUGCCAGCAAAAGCGCAAGCAAAAGCAAUGCUGCAAAACUAGAUGUGGAUUUGGAUGAUAUCAUAAGAAGAAAAGGUGGAUUGAGUGGAAAGAUAGAUGUGAGCGGUAGGGAUGAGAAAGAUGUCCUUGAAGUUGGCGAUGAAGGAAAUAGCAGCAAUGAAGAAGAUGAUGCCUUUGAGGAUGCUGAUGAUGGUGAAGAUGUUGAGCUUGAUGACGAUGAAUUAGCUCUGGAUGGUUUUGGAAUGGGUGCAGAAACCGGUGAUAAAAAUGAAGAGGAAGCCGUCGAUGCUGAGACUGUUUCCGAUAAUGAUGAAAGCCAACUAACUGAGCUUGCUCCUGAUGGAAAAUAUGAUGAGGAUGAUCUUGCCAAGGAGGAAGACUCGGCAGAAGCGAUGGCUAAAUAUUACGACGAAGAUGAAGGCACUUCAGCAAAAGAACAAGCACAUAAAUCAUUUCAAUCUCUUCAAUUAUCACGUCCAGUACUAAAAGCUUUGAGUGCUUUAAAUUACUCACUGCCAACCCCAAUUCAAUCGGCUUCUAUUCCUAUUGCUUUAUUAGGUAGAGAUAUUGUUGCGGGUGCAGUUACAGGUUCAGGUAAAACUGCUGCCUAUAUGAUCCCAAUUAUAGAAAGACUUCUUUACAAACCUGCAAAAAUCUCGAAAACCCGUGUUAUUGUAUUGACCCCAACAAGAGAAUUGGCAAUUCAAGUGGCUGAUGUUGGUAGGAAAUUGGGUCAGUUUGUACAGAACUUAACAUUUGGUCUAGCCGUCGGUGGUUUGAAUUUGAGACAGCAAGAACAAGAGUUGAAGAAGCGUCCUGAUAUUGUUAUUGCAACCCCAGGUAGAUUAAUUGAUCAUAUCAGAAACUCUCCUUCCUUUUCGGUUGAUGGAGUCGAGAUUGUUAUCAUGGAUGAAGCAGAUCGUAUGCUUGAAGAGGGAUUUGAAAAAGAAAUGCAAGAGAUUGUUGAACUACUUCCAACGAAAAGACAAACCAUGCUUUUCUCUGCUACGAUGAACUCCUCCAUCAAACAAUUGAUAACCUGGUCUUUACAGAAGCCUGUUCGUAUCAUGAUAGAUCCACCAAAAACUUCAGCAAGUGGUUUAAUUCAGGAAUUUGUCCGUAUCAGAAAAAGGGAUGAAAUGAAACCUGCCUUGCUUUACUCCAUAUUAGCAAAACUUGAUCCAAAGCAAAGAGUUAUUAUCUUUAUAAGUACAAAGGACAUGUGCCAUAAAUUAAGAAUUAGGCUCGGUUUAUUGGGUCUUAGAGUUGGUGAAUUGCAUGGUGGUUUAUCACAAGAGCAAAGAUUGAAAAGUGUUACACUCUUCAAAAACUCCACCGUGCCAGUUUUACUUUGUACAGAUUUAGCAGCUAGAGGUUUGGAUAUUCCAAAAAUUGAGGUUGUCAUCAACUAUGAUAUGCCUAAGACACAUGAAAUAUAUUUACAUAGAGUGGGAAGAACCGCAAGAGCUGGAAGAGAUGGUGAAUCUAUCAGUUUUGUUGGUGAAGCUAAGAGGGAGCGUGCUAUUGUCAGAGAAGUUGUUAAAAAUGUUGAAGAGAGUAAAAAAGGAAAAGUUUUUGGACGUAAUGCCGAUUGGGAUGAGGUUGACCGUGUCAACAAAGUGCUAGAAUCAAAGAAAGACCUGAUUGAGGAAAUUAUUGAUGAAGAAAAACACGAAAAGGAAGUUUUGGCUGCAGAGAUGGAGUUAAAGAAAGGUGAAAACAUGUUAAGAUACAAGGAGGAGAUUGAAAGUAGACCAAAACGGACUUGGUUCAUGUCAGAGAAAGAGAAGAAAGAAGAUAAGAACAAAGUUCAUCAUGCAUUAAGUUCCACAAAGAAAGUUAUGAAUAGUAAGAAAAGAAAGAGAGAAGAAGCAAUGGCAGAUUUUGGAAAAUCAUCUAAAAUUUACAAAAAGACCGGUAAGGAUAGAAUGGAAAACGACACAAAAAGAAUCAAUAAAGCUACUUCGAAAAAGAAUAGUAAAGGCAAAAAAGGAGGUAAGAAGAGAAGUUAGUUGAACAGCCAUCCAUUUUCCGCAAAUAUAGACUAUAACUUUUCUAAAAUUUGUAUUAAAGACUGAAAGUAAAAUCAUAAUGUAUAUUUUUCAAAGCGAUUAUUAUAAAGAAAAAACCAUCAUGGUG